AUGACAAGAUUUCGUUUAGCUACAAUAAAUGUUCAUUCGUUUAAUAAUCCUUCCGACUAUGAGAAUAAUAUCGAAGAAUUAAUUUCAAUUUUUAAACCGCUCGAUCUCGAUUUAAUUGCUGUUCAAGAAAUACAAAAGAAUAAUCAUUGGUCAAACUUCUGUAAACAUCUUUCUUUACCUUUUACUCAUAUUGGGUCAGGUGGCGGAAACUAUUAUGGCAUUGGCAUUGCGUCUCGCUAUCCAAUUAUAUCUCCUUACGAUCAACAAACCAGUUUUGCAAGUGUAGGUGGAAACAGAUUUUUUAUUAAAUGUUGUUUAGAUGGUGAUCACCCAUUUGUUAAAGAUCGAAUAUUUGCUGUAACACAUUUAGAUCAUUUAAAUGAAAACGAUCGAUUAAAACAAAUUAAAGAGUUUAGUCCAGUUGGACAUAAUGUUAAUAUACUUAUGGGUGAUAUGAAUGCACUCACACGAGAUGAUUAUUCAGAUGAUUAUUAUCAAAAAAACCUUGUUCAAGUACGUGAAAAAUCUAAUUGGGAAACACCUUGUUUUGAUCUAAGUUGGUUACUAACAACUAGAUGGGCUUUUCAAGAUGCUUUUAAACAAAUAAAUCCACAAUUGAAAGAUGAAUCAGUAGCGACAUCUCGAUAUGGAACUCGAAUUGAUUAUAUAUAUUGGCGUCCUCGUGAUAAUGAUGAAUGGAAAUUAAAGGAUUGUUUCAUUGUUGACACUAAGAAGGCUACAGAUCAUAAUGCUGUUGUUGCUGAAUUUGAACAAAAAUCGUAA